UUUGAGCGGGAGGUGAUGGUAGAUCAUGAGUUCCCUUUGCCGGCUGGACCUGACUGUCUCUUUAAUCCAACUUGUCCUCUGCUUGAUAGCUUCUUUGAAAGGAGCCAUGGUCAAAUUAUAGACUUAAAUUCUGCAAGCCUUCAGAGUGAGGAGGCGAUGACCCAACUGAGUGUCCGUCGCUGGACACCCAAACACGUCGCCAAGUGGCUGAGGGAAGAAGGCUUCUGUGACUAUGUGGACCUGCUGUGCAACAAGCACCGACUGGACGGCACUAGUCUGCUCGCCCUCAGCGAGUAUGACCUCCGCUCACCACCUCUGGAGCUCAAGGUGCUGGGGGACAUCAAGCGGCUGAUGGUGUCCAUCCGCAAACUACAGAAACAGAACAUUGACGUGUUGGAAGAGCUGGGUCUUCCCUUUGAUGGCCACUCUCCCACAGGCUCCGGAGGUAGUUUGGACUGGCUGUGUAACGGAGACACAGGCAGAGACUGUGACAGCACUGACACAGCACCAGUGGGAGAGGAGUAUCACCAGUACACUAAUGGGAAGUACAAGCAGCAGGCGAGGCGCCUGGAUCCAGAGUAUUGGAAGACGGUGCUAAGCUCCAUCUAUGUGGUGUUUGUGUUUGGGUUCACGUCCUUUGUCAUGGUCAUAGUGCACGAGAGGGUGCCUGACAUGCGCACAUACCCUCCACUGCCAGAUAUUUUCCUAGACAGUGUGCCUAGAAUACCUUGGGCCUUUGCCAUGGCUGAAGCAUGUGGAGUGAUCCUCUGUAAUAUCUGGUUGCUGGUUCUGCUGCUCCAUAAACACAGGUCAAUCCUUUUGCGGCGCAUGUGCAGCCUUAUGGGGACGGUGUUCAUGCUGCGCUGUAUCACCAUGUUUGUCACCUCCCUUUCUGUGCCAGGACAGCACCUGCAAUGCUCAGGAAAGAUGUAUGGUGACACGUGGGCCAAACUUCAGAGAGCUGUGGCAAUCUGGAGCGGUUUUGGGAUGACCCUGACAGGAGUGCAUACGUGUGGUGACUACAUGUUCAGCGGCCACACUGUGGUCAUUACCUUGCUCAACUUCUUUGUCACAGAGUACACUCCACGAAGCUGGAACUUUAUUCACACGCUGUCGUGGGUCUUGAAUCUCUUCGGCAUCUUCUUCAUCUUGGCUGCACACGAACACUACUCCAUCGACGUGUUCAUCGCAUUCUACAUCACUACCAGACUCUUCCUGUACUACCACACUCUAGCUAACACCAGGGCCUACCAGCAGAGUCGACGAGCUCGCAUCUGGUUCCCCAUGUUUUCCUUUUUUGAGUGCAAUGUCAACGGGCCCGUCCCUAACGAGUACUGUUGGCCCUUCUCUAGACCGACUGUGAUGCGGAGGCUUAUUGGAUAAGGAACAGCAGCAGCGUUACUGUCAGACACUUCUUAGCCUGUGCUAUUUAGUCUGCUUUGUCAAGUUGCCAACUAAGGCGGUGUGUGAUAUCUUCAUCAACAAAGACUACUGUUAUGAUCCUGUUAGCACCGAUGCCUGAUGGGAUACACAGAGCCAUACCUUCUUAUGUUCGGGGAUUUAUCUUCCAAACCUGCUCCCCCUCUCUGUCACACAUUUCAGGUGGAGUAAACAAAAUCCACAAAACCUGACUGAAUUUUCUUAGAAGCCCCAUCAAAACUAAAAGUGAACACGGUGGAGAUGUGUCUCAUUUAUCGGUUGCUUCUUUCUCCUCUAAAGGGAUAUAAUUUUAUGUAGCAAUGAAGUGCGUUGUUAAGUACCUCCCAACUUAAAGACUUACUCGUAAGUCUGUUAAGAGUAUUUGGAUAGCACAUGAUAAAAGGAAGCCGCAUCAUCAGAUUCUCAGGCAGCAGUGCACCUAAUCCUUCACAGCAGUUUACCUGAUCAUUUUAAGAUUUAGAUCUGAAAGUUUUGUCUUACCUCCGACUUUGUAAUUAAUCAAAACAUAACUCUAUGGACCACUGUUGAAGCAAUAUGUACAGACAUGACACUGUUGCUAUUUUCUGAAUAGCAAAAUGUUGUUAAUCUUGUUGAGAAACAGAUGCUACUUCUUUGCCGUUGUUUGGAAGUCUUUUUCAUUCCUUGAAAUAAUGCUGACAUUUUGGCAAUGUUACUAAGUGUUGACAGUGCAAUCCAUGGCUCAUUGAAGGAUACAGUUGAGUAUGAUAAUAUUGUUAUCAGCCAAAAACAUGGAAUCAAAGAUUUAUUUCCAGCUGUCUUAAGUAUAAUUCCAAUUGCCAAUUACCUUGAGUGUUAACAGGUUUCUCUGUGUAGAAAUGUUGCAAAUCUUUCAUGUUUACUGUUGAAUAGUGCUUUUAAAAAAAAAAAGAUCAUACAGUUUAAAUGAUAUUAAUCCUUUAACAUUAAUCUGUAGUAAUAGUUAUUUAAAAAAGGAUCCUUAAAUUUGUAUGUAUUUGUUAAUAUUAAUUUAUUUCUUUUUGUAACAGUCAAUAGGUAUUUUUAUAUUUCAUAUACAGUGUUACAGCAACAUGCACAUGAAGAAAUAUGUUUACAGUUGCACUUAACUAUGUAUUUAUUUUAAACACAAUGUGCUUUUUGAGUGAUGUUGAUUUCAGAUAGGCCUCUACAUUUCUUUGAGUGAGACCUGCCACUGUAGUAAGAGAGUUGUUGUAAUUAAUGUGGUUGUUACAGCAUGUUAGAAACAUGGUUUUUCUAAAUGGAGUUGAUGGUCUACAACACAUCCUCUCAUUGGGGAAUGAUGCUGUUGUGUUCAUAUGCUCUUGUAAAGCCACAUUACUCGUUUCAUGUCUCGUUCAGUCAUUUCCAUUAUUAAAGAGCUGAAAUCAAA